CAACAUUAUCUGUCCCGACGUUCUUGCCAAAGCUCGAUCACCUCCAAAGAUCUUUCCUUGAGUGUAUGUUGUGUCAUCAUCGAUGUGACGAACUCAAGUGUGUUACCUCGCACAAGUAACAAGGAUCACACAGCCUAGCACACACUUUCUUGUUUUGGCACAACAGGUCGCACUCGAUAAGGCUGCGGAAACUUCUGAGAGCCUUGCUAUCGACGACAUCUGAGCCUCCUCUCUACUUCCAACAGUCACAAGGGAAUUUGCUACUAGUCACGUGGCUGAAUGCUCCUUUUCAAUAGUCUCAUGCACGGCCGAUUUCCAAUUCCUGCCAACUCCGAGCCUGAUUGAUUUUUUUUAUCUAGUAAACGACUGAAACAAGAGAGGAACAAUGGGCAAAUUUCUUGUCAGAUUUGGAACUUUUCAAGGAGGCUCGAAUAUUGUGAUGAUCACCGGGCAACGAUUAUUCGGGUUCAAUUUACCGCCUCUUCUUGCUGCUUGGCUUAACCAGCCUUCUGCGGUGAAUGCUGUGGAAAACCUUGAUCUCGGUCCGGAUGGCCACUACGCCCUUACAUACCGCCGAAAGGAUGGUUCUUUAAUCCAGCUACGUUCACCUGGCCUCGAAGAUUGGCUGCGGGUCCCACGUCUACCACUUACAACAAUAAUCAAUUUUGCCUUUGGGCAUCCGACUGGGGUUCUUACCACAUAUGCUGAUCCAAGGACUGGUACGACAGUUUGGUCCACACGAGAUAUACCAGAGACUCUUUCGACUUUUAUGGCACAGCACGGACUACAAUUCAACGCCAAUAUACACGAAUGGGAUCUUGGUUGUGAUGGGGAUUGGAUGUUGAUUACUGGCACAACUUCCGGAUAUCACGUCAGUGAUUUUGUCGAAGGACUCAUCAAACAGAAAGCGGGUAACGCACUGCAUAGCGGCUUCUGUCUGAACAAGAUGACACGUGAUCAGUGCUACCUUGAAUUGCCUAACCCAUAUCUCUAUGUAUCCACGGCAUGGAUCAGCACACUAAGCGCGGCUAUUAAUGACACACCGGUGAGUAGUCUUGUAAGAGGAUACUAUGAUGAUAGUAGACAUGUUGUCGUGUUGCCAGGCGAGGUCCUGGCAGCUCCGCCAUCACAGACCGGGGCUUUCUUGACUCCAGACAAUUUCUCGACCGGGUUGGACAUCAUCAGCAACACUAUGGUAGUCGUUGGCAAUGUUACGGGCUCGGCAGCCAGCUCGAGCGGUCUGUGCUGUCUCAUCAUGUAAACUUAGACAAAGCUGUCAAAACCCAGGGCUCAUUUGUUUCAAUUACUAGUCCCUGAUAUACACUACGAUAACAUUAAAGGCUAUAGUUUAUCUGAAAGUCUGGAACCAUUUAUCCGAUCGAUACAAAAGUGCUACCUGUAGUUCUGGUCUAAAUAUGACCCUAGGUCCUUUCCUUCGCUGGU